CUUUCCAGGCCGAGAAUUAAGCUCGAAAGAAAACUUGGAAAAAUAAAGGAAAACGUCAACAAAAAAUCGGAAAAAGAGACAGCUGCACGGCACUAGGGAUCACGUGAAGAGUUGUCUGCGUCACGGGGAGACUGUACGCGCUGCAAAGAUGAAGAUCCGCACCAGGAGGAGCCUCUCCUUCGCCGGCUGCGGCUUCCUGGGCAUCUACCACGUCGGCGUGGCCGUCUGCCUGCGCCAGCACGCCCCCCAACUGCUGCUGGAGAGGAUUGCCGGCGCCUCCGCCGGGGCCCUGGCCGCCUGCUGCCUGAUCUGCGACCUGCCCAUGGAGUGCAUGGCCGGGGACUUCCUGCGGGUGGUCCAGGAGACGCGCCGCCACUCGCUGGGCGCCUUCAGUCCGUGGUUCAACCUGCCGGAGUGCCUCCUCGAGGGCAUGCACCGCCGCCUGCCGGAGGACGCCCAUCGGCGGGUCAGCGGACGGCUGCACAUCUCGCUCACCCGCGUCAGCGAUCGCCGCAAUGUGCUCAUGUCGGAGUUCAGCUCGCGGCAGGAGCUCCUCGAGGCCCUCAUGUGCUCCUGCUUCAUUCCCGGACUCUCCGGCCUGGUGCCUCCGCAGGUGAGAGGAGUUCGCUACAUGGACGGCGCCUUCUCCAACAACCUGCCGCUGCUGGACGAGCACACGGUGACCGUGAGCCCCUUUUGCGGCGAGAGCGACAUAUGCCCGCGGGACCAGAACCCCCACCUGCUGCAGCUGAACAUCAACUGGGCGAACACGUGCAUCCGGCUGUCCAGGCGGAACCUGCGGCGCAUGGUGCGCAUCCUGCUGCCGGGGAGGGCGGACUUCAUGGCCAACUUCUGUCAGCAGGGCUACGACGAUGCCUUGCACUUCCUGCACCGGAACAGCCUGCUCAGGGAGGGACUGAGGGUCAAGGAAGGGCUCAUGAUCGCCUGGAUCCACCAGCAGGAGGAGAGGGAGAAGCUGCGGGCGGAGAGGGCCAGAGAACUGGAGAGGACCCACAGGAAUCUGAAGGUUAUGAAGCAUCAGGGCCAGCAGGAGAAGAAGCCCCAGGAUCAGAUGGAUAAGAAGCGCAGGAAUCGAAGGCAAAAGCCCCAGAGGCGAGCCAAGAAGAAGCAGGAGCAGGCGAAGCAGAAACAGAACACCAGGAAUCAGGAGCAGUCUCCCCAAGAAGGGGCCAACAACAGGACUCAGGAGAAUCAGCCAAAGGAUGAGUCGCAUCUCUCGCCUCAGGGGCAGCAACACCACCAGGAUCACUGCGCCGGCUCCCUCAUCAGCUCCACCUGGUCACUCCUGCGCCGCGUGAUGACCGCUCCGCCGCUGGCCAGGCACAUGGUCCAAGUGAUCGCUCGUCGCCUCAGCCAGAGUCUCACGCUCUGCGAGCAGCCGCACUUCGAUCUCGCUCUGAUGCAGGCACCCUCCUCCACCUCGCUCUGCUCCCCAUCUCGGAGCACCUACUGCCCCCCAUCGACGCCACUGGGUGAUAGCGAUAACGCCAAAGUCAAGGCCAAACGAGUGUGCGAGGCCAGCCGAGUGGAAGUGGGAGAUCAGGUGGCUGAGGAAGCGGCACGGAGCGGCGACCAUUAGGCGCCACCAUUAGCUUUAUCAGCGAUCGUCAAUCGAUCAGUUCCCAACUGAGUUUUAUACCUGUUCCCGCGAUUACUCUUAUUUACCCGUGUUUUGUUUUCUCAAAUAUCAUGUUUUUAAAUGUUUCUACCUUGUGCUCUUGUUAACUGCUGUGACUCAAAUAAAAACGAAAAAUAUGCAAAUUAAAGUAAAUUUGGAGUGCGAAAUUUGUAAAGUUAAAGAUAGAGUUUUCUAAAAUUAGUUAAUAAAGCAUUGAACCUUACUCAAAAACCUUUUUAAAUAGUACAGAAUUUAAGUAUGAAGGAUUUUCUUUUUUUAUUCCAAUUUUUGGUUGAUUUGAUUGAAGAAUUCCUCAAACGCAAAUAUAUUUCAUUGUAUUUAAAAGUUUUGUAAAUAAAAAAACCUUAAGAUAGAUUAGAUUAGAUUAAUACAAAAUAUUGAUACAUAAGGUACAAGUUUCAAAAAUACAGGUUUUUCGAAAGAUCAUGGAUUUUAUUUUUCAA